CUACGACUACGAUCGCAAGUUGGAGAUUUUAGCUACCAGCACCAUCUCAGCAACUAACAGUAUCAACAAUGGCACCCACCGAGAAGACUGGUCUCAUCGUCGGCCUGAACAAGGGACACAAGGUCACCGUCCGUGAGCCUAAGGCUCGUAUCUCCCGCUCGAAGGGAAAGUCCUCCAAGCGCGCCGUUUUCGUCAGAGAGCUGAUCCGUGAGGUUUCUGGCCUCGCCCCCUACGAGCGUCGUGUUAUGGAGUUAAUCCGCAACAGCAAGGACAAGCGCGCCAGAAAGUUGGCUAAGAAGAGACUUGGUACUUUCGGACGGGCAAAGAGCAAAGUCGACGACCUCACCAGAGUCAUCGCGGAGUCGAGAAGAACUGGUCACUAAAGUGGUUGAUUGUUUUUGCAGUAGAAAAAAAUGGGCUCGGUUUUUCAUCUUAGGGAUUGUUAUCGUGUAAUUAUAUAUAUCUCUAUCAAAAAAUGAAAUAAUGUCAUUGGCAUGUCACAAAUUA